UGCUGAUGGAAACCAACACUUUUUAUGAUGCAAUGUAACGGCAAUUAUCUUGAGUAAACUAAAACAAAAAAAACUUUUAUGAUUCUAUUCGAAAACUCAAUACGCCUCAUUGGAAAAAAAACUUAUUAUUUAUUAUGACCAAGAUGCCGCGCGGGAACGAGAAAAAAUACCUUCAAUUCCUUGAGUUAUAUAAAAAAGCAUAUUCAACACUUGAAAAACAAAAGCAGUAUCAGCAAGCACAAGAGUUGUGGAAAAUAGUAAAAAACAAUGAAUCCUUGUAUGAAAAAAAAAUAAAUGAGUUAAAAGAGAAAGUAACAAAGUCGAAAGUAUCACUUAUGUCAUUCUGGGGAAAUACCAUUUCACCACCUAGCAAAAAGAAAAAAGAUAUCCAUCCAGCGCCGUCUUCGUCAAAUGAAACACGAAGUUUCCUAAAUGCAACGACGACAGAGCCUGCAAGGAUUGAAAUUAAUUUAACAGACAACAAAAAAGAAAGAGAAAAUCCGGCACAAGUUAGGAGUCGAAAGAAAAUCUCAGAUCUUGAAUCACAACGUGCAUCCUUGAUAGUCGUACGUGAUUCUGGUUUAUCUACCGUAACAAAGGAACAAAUAAACACUGUGAAAGAAACGAAGAAACAAAGAAAACGAAGACAAAAACUUAAAGAGAGCAUCGAAACUGUGUGUCAGAACAUCCCUGAAGCAUCAAGUGCUUUGAAACAGUUUAGUCGAAACCAUACUGGACGACCGCGUCUCGAAGUUGACCAACCAGAGCUUUUAUCAACAAUUAUAAAAAUUGUGCAAAAUUUAUCAGCAGCUGACGAACGUCGAAGAACAGAAUGUCUCCGUAGCGUCUCCACUUUAGAUGACCUUCAGGAAAAGUUGACAAAGAUAGGCUUUACCUUGAGUAGGAGUGGUUUGUACCUUCGUCUUUUACCACGACGUGGAAACACUUCUGAAGGAAAAAAACAUGUCAGCACAGUUCCAGUAAAGCUGUUACGUCCAGAAAACUCAAUGCGAAAAAAAAAUGACGAUAGAAUGUUUGCCAAAUCAUUCAUUGACGACAUGUUCGAAGUUUGCAAAUUGUUUGGACCAAAAGCUGUGCUUUUCAUUUCCAACGAUGAUAAAGCCAGGGUCCCAUUGGGUAUUGCUGCAGCAAGCCUUCAAGCGCCGUUGCUGAUGCAUAUGGAAUACAAGGUCAAACUCAUGGAUCACGAUUUUGUCGUUAGCUCACAGCACAAAUUGAUCCCAUCAGUGUAUGGCGUAUGCGAAGUUAACAAUACUGGAAAUGUAUCAUACAGUGGGGACACUUUCAUACGCAUAAGAAGUGCGAAACACGAUACAUCAAAUGCUUUUACACAUGCUUUUGAUGUUAGAGAGCUUUUUAAAACCGAGUUGGUUAAACGUAGACCAAUGUUAAUGGAGACUGAUGGAGCUCAGGAUGAAGCACCACGUUUCCCUAAAACCUUAGCAACUGCUGUUGACCUCUUUCGCUUGCUUAAUUUAGAUGCCCUUCUUCAUGGUGUGAAUGCAGCUGGCCUUUCAGCCUUUAAACCCGUAGAACGAAGAAUGGCGCCUCUUUCUCGUGAUUUGGCUGGAAUAGUCCUUCCUCAUGAUUUUUUUGGCAAUCACCUUGAUUCUUCUGGAAAAACAAUCGACUAUGAAUUGGAGGUAGAGAACUUUCAAAAAGCGGCUGACGUUUUAUCCCAAGUUUGGGAGAAAACCGUCAUUGACGGGUAUCCUGUUCAUUGCCAGGCUGUACCAGUUGGAAAAGCAUAUGAACCACCAAUUCCAGAUCCUGUUUGGGUAGACUAA